UCUCGCUCUCGCUCUCGCUCUCUCUCUCUCUCUCAUGAAUAAACAUUAAAAAUAUAUAUACAUAAUGUUCAUAAAUUAACUGAAUACUCCCAUAAAUCCUGGAUGGACUAUUAACUUGCUUACUGCCCAGUCCAUUUUCCUGUGAGUAGAAAUACAAUCCAUGGUGCUGGCAAUACACUUCACUUGUUUCCUUGUUCCUCUGCCCUAAGAUGUUUAGCAUUUUGGCAUCUAUCCCUGGUGACAGCGCUGAGCCCAGAGCCCUGUAAAAGGUUCUGUGAGAACCUGGCUCAGGUAAGGUACUAGCUUAGGUGGAUUGACCCAUUUUCUGAACUCUGUAUGGCCUUCUCAGCACAUUGCAAUAUAUUGCAAAUCAUUGUACGGUGUUUCAGAUUCCAGUUUCCAUUCAAUGCCUUCUCCCUUGCAGUCACCCCAGCAGUGUUCAUUCUAACCAACCCCAUGGGAAGAGAGCUAGAGUUUUAUUUUGCUAAAAUAAAAUCAACUGGGGGGUGCCUGGGUGGCUGAGUCGGUUGUGUCCAACUUCGGUUCAGGUCAUGAUCUCACGGUUCAUGGGUUUGAGCCCCACGUUGAGCUCUGUGCUGACAGCUCAGAGCCUGGAGUCUGCUUUGGAUUCCAUGUCUCCCUCUCUCUCUGCCCCUCCCCCUCUUGCACUCUUUCUCUCAAAAAUAAACAUUAAAAAAUAAAUCAACUAAUACCUUUAAGAGCUUUAUAUUUUACAAAAUGCAUUCACAAAUGUGAUUGCUUUGAGUCUCAAAACAAUUCUGGGAGUUAGGUACAUUUAUCUCCAUUUUACAGAUGAGGCCCAGAGAAGUGAAGCCACUAGUUGAACUGGUGAGUGACAGGGACAGAUCUCAAACCGGCCUCUUCCUAAAAACUGACCUUUGCCUGCAGCAAAGGAGAGCCAGAAGGAGGAAAAUGCCCUUGGGGGCAGGAAUCUGAGCUCUGCUGGAGUGGAUUGAAGUGGCCACAAGUAGGAGCACUGGGACAGGACAGACUUGUUGGGCCCAUGGUUGUGAGAGCCUGCGGCCAGACCUGUGCCUGUGACUUUGGAAUCUCUGGGACUGCUCCCUGGUAUGGACCCUUGGGCAAAUACUGCACUCCCUGAACUUCAGUUUCCCCAUUUGCAGGAUGAAAAUAACUACUCCUCUGCCAACUAGAAGAAUUGCUUUGAUGAUCUGGUGCCAUGGUGCCUAUGAUGCUGCUGUGGGAUCUUCAAAGUGCAGGGCACGAGGAGUCCUUUAAGCCAGGUUUACUUACUCCAGGUGCGGCUGGUGAUUGCCGAGAAGGGCCUGGCGUGUGAGGAGAGGGACGUGAGCCUGCCGCAGAGUGAGCACAAGGAGCCAUGGUUCAUGCGGCUCAACCUGGGGGAGGAGGUGCCCGUCAUUAUCCACCGGGACAACAUCAUCAGUGACUAUGACCAGAUCAUCGACUACGUGGAGCGGACCUUCACAGGAGAGCACGUGGUGGCCCUGAUGCCUGAGGCGGGCAGCCCACAGCACGCGAGGGUCCUGCAGUACCGGGAGCUACUGGACGCGCUGCCCAUGGACGCCUACACGCACGGCUGCAUCCUACACCCCGAGCUCACCACGGACUCCAUGAUCCCCAAGUACGCCACGGCUGAGAUCCGCAGACAUUUAGCCAAUGCCACCACAGACCUCAUGAAAUUGGACCAUGAAGAGGAGCCCCAGCUCUCUGAGCCCUACCUUUCCAAACAGAAGAAGCUCAUGGCCAAGAUCCUGGAGCACGAUGAUGUGAGCUACUUGAAGAAGAUCCUCGGGGAGCUGGCCAUGGUGCUGGACCAGAUAGAGGCGGAGCUGGAGAAGAGGAAGCUGGAGAAUGAGGGGCAGAAAUGUGAGCUGUGGCUCUGUGGCUGUGCCUUCACCCUCGCCGAUGUCCUCCUGGGAGCCACCCUGCACCGUCUCAAGUUCCUGGGACUGUCCAAGAAAUACUGGGAAGAUGGGAGCCGGCCCAACCUGCAGUCCUUCUUUGAGAGGGUCCAGAGGCGCCUGGCCUUCCGGAAAGUCCUCGGAGACAUCCACACCACCCUGCUGUCGGCCGUCAUCCCCAACGCGUUCCGGCUGGUCAAGCGGAAACCCCCAUCUUUCUUUGGGGCGUCCUUCCUCAUGGGUUCCCUGGGGGGGAUGGGCUACUUUGCCUACUGGUACCUCAAGAAAAAAUACAUCUAGAGCCAGGCCCGGGCUCAGCGCCUGUCGGUGUCUCUGUACUGUGUGAUUCCCAGCAAGCUCUCAGUAACACACUGUCUCAUGAACACUUGGACAGCCACUCCCCACCCCGUUUGGAGUAAUUCUAUCGUCAAUGUGAAAACAUUCCAUAGUUUAGAAGUAGACGUUGCCAAUGCCGUGAGUUGAGGCCACGGCUCUACUAAAGGAGAGAAAGAGUGAGCGUGAGUGUGAAAGAGAGAGAGAACAGAAAACACGAAUGCCUUUUCUUUUGAUUCAAGGUCUCAAGAUGGAACUGUGGGGACUGGUUAGGAUCUGAGGUGAGUCCCAGGCUGUUUGAUCCACCAGGGCCCAGAUUCUGGGAGGUGCUGGGGGCUCAGAGGGCCUGAUCCCCUCGCCUCCCCUUCCCUCUUGCCCAGGGAACUCUUCCACAGGACAAAGCCAACAUCAACACUUGACUCUUCCAAGUGGUGCCUCCGGCUGGGGCUGGGGCUGGAGACCGCGGACCCUGGGGAGGCUCCUGAAGACCCCAAGGGGCUCCACUCUUCUCCUGCACGUGGACUGAGACAGCACUGGCACAAGCCAAGACAGUGGCACCCAACCACCAGGCCAUGCCUGGGACCGACACCAUGAGCACGCCCUCUCGUCCCCUCCUAAUUUGGCCAAUGUGUUUGCUUUACCAGAAGUCCCUGGAAGAGCACCCACCCAUCACCUCUUCCCGCUGGGGGUUGACUUCCCACCAUGGGAGGUGGACUUGCAGCGAAAGCCAUGUUGACCUUCUCUCAGAAGGUCAGUCCUGGCCUGCGUGCAGGGGUGGGUCUGGAGGUGGAUGGACUCAGGUCCUUCCCUCUGCCUCUGCCAAAGCCACCUACUUUACUGCCCACCUUCCCCAUCACACGUGGGGCUUCCCCUGUGCCCCACCAUGCCACAUGGAGCAGGGGAGUGUGGUGUCUCUGCAUCCCUGCUGCCCUCCCUGGUCGUGUCUCACUUUCCUGUGCCUUUUGCAUGUUGGGAGAAGGUCUGGGUGUCACUGCCGCUCAUGCUUAGAAACCACCGAAAGCCCCCAAUAAAGCAUUCAGGAGGAGCAGUUGCUUUUCAUUUCUAGACCUGUGUUGUCCAUCCAUCUCUCCUUUCCAAAGUUUGGGGCAGAGAGGCAGAGACUCGAGGUUCAGAUUCAGCGGUUCGCAAGAGCAAGCAAGAAUAAAGUCCGGGUCUCAAGUUGCUGGUUGUGGAGAUGGCUUCUGGGUGGACUUUGCAAUGUCCUGACCUUGGCAUAAACCCACCUCACUUGGACACAGGGCUUCUCAGUUUACAGAGCAUGUUCACAACCAUCUGCUUGUGUUAACUUGGACAUAGACCGGGGUAUACCCAGGUCACAUUCCCAGAAGGGAAAAUGAGUUAAAAUGUCUGAAGAACAUUAAACCAGGGAUAUAACUUAUAGAACAUAAAGCAUAGUUUAUUGAUUUUGCAAAAAUGUAUAAGAAUUUGCCCAUUUUUUUUUUUUUUUGUGAUGAAAAGAAAAAAAUAGCCAGGGCCCUGAUAGGACAAGCAUGGGACAUAAUAGAGUCACCAUCUGGCACUGUCCACCCCUUAGGCUACUCAAACAUCUACACAGACUC